UCGCGGUCAUCCCGGCCCGGGCCUUUUAUCUUGGCGCUGCCGGGGAGGCGGGAGGAGGAGACACCGGGGGUGGCCCUUGAGCGCCGGUGACACCUUUCCGGGGCUCUAUAAAUUGAGCACCUGGGAUGGGUAGGGGGCCGACGCCACCCAGCCGCCCGCAGUCACGGUCCGGCCACUGACCGCAGCAGCGCCCGCAGGCAGCAGCCGCCAGCAGCGGGAUCGCUGAGCCGCCCCGCAGCAGAGGCUCUCGAGGCGCAGCAGGAGGUGGGUGCCCCCGCCCCAUCUCUGCCCGGUCAGCGUGGGCGCUGGGAUUUCAGGCCUUUCCGAGGAAGACGGGGGUGGGGAGCACCCCUUCCUUCUCUCCGCGGCCUCGGCGGGCGAGGAGCCAGGCCAGGGCUCGACCCGCGGACCACGCGCCGCCAUCGCGAGCUUCCGGGCGCCCAAGCUGCGAGCAGCCGUGCGUCCCGCAGGGCCGGGCUGCGAGCGAGACGAGAGUUGGAGAGGGCGGAGCAGGAGCCGGGAAUCCCAGCGGCCCGGCUCGAGCCAGGCCCCCCCGGCGCCGGCCUCGGAGAGCGCGUGAGGGCGGGCAGCCCGUCGCCCCAGCCGGCCACCCCGUGCCCCUGCGUCCCUGUGCCCCGGCGCCCGCGCGGCCACCAUGAUGCAGAUCUGCGACACCUACAACCAGAAGCACUCGCUCUUUAACGCCAUGAACCGCUUCAUCGGCGCGGUGAACAACAUGGACCAGACGGUGAUGGUGCCCAGCCUGCUGCGCGACGUGCCCCUGGCCGAGCCCGGGCUGGACAACGACGUGGGCGUGGAGGUGGGCGGCAGUGGCGGCUGCCUGGAGGAGCGCACGCCCCCGGCCCCCGGCCCGGGCAGCGCCAACGGCGGCUUUUUCGCGCCCUCCCGGGACAUGUACAGCCACUACGUGCUGCUCAAGUCCAUCCGCAACGACAUCGAGUGGGGGGUCCUGCACCAGCCGCCGCCGCCGCCGGGGAGCGAGGAGGGCAACGCCUGGAAGUCCAAGGACAUCCUGGUGGACCUGAGCCACCUAGAGGGCGCGGAAGCCGGCGAGGAGGACCUGGAACAGCAGUUCCACUACCACCUGCGCGGGCUGCACUCUGUGCUCUCCAAACUCACGCGUAAAGCCAACAUCCUCACCAACAGAUACAAGCAGGAGAUCGGCUUCAGCAAUUGGGGCCAGUGAGGCGGGACGCCCGCGGCUGCCCGGCGCCCUUCCCGGCCCCAUCUCUCACCCUCUUUCUCUCAAAGCUGUUUUCUUUCUGGCUGUGGGCGCAGAUGGGCGGUGGGCAGACUGCAAAGUUAGGGGGGCUGUGUACGUGCAAGGCUGCCUGGAGGAAGGGGCCUCUUUGGGAAGAGGAGAGGCAAGUGGUGAUGGGAGUCAGGGUUGGGGGGCUCAAGGACCCCCCCUUUCUCUCCCGCAGUGGGGGGGGGAGGGCCUGUGUUCUACGUUCGUGGGUAUGGGACUGGGCUGAUGCCCUGCAUUCAGCCCGUGCCUUUCUUGGAGUUUCUUUUCUGUUCUUUCCGGAGGAGAUGAGUCGAGAAGGGGCCAUGCCGGGCGCGGCGCUGGGUUGCCACACUUGGGAGCGCCACCGGGAGCUGGGCGCUGGGGAAGGCGGGGCACGCGGCCUCCUACCGCCCUGCCCUGCCGUUGGGCUGGUGGAGGCCUCAGCGUUGCUAGGAUUGCAUCAGUUUUCCUGUUUGCACUACUUCUUUCUGUAACAGUGGCCCUGUCUUAAAGUAUUUCCAAUCUCCUCCUUGCUCUGAAACUUCGUCGAUUCCAUUGUGAUAAGCGCACAAACCGCACUGUCUGUCGGUAACCGGUACUACGAGAUUAAUGAUUUUCUGUUACACUGUAUAGUUGUCCUGUGGCACCCCUAUACCCCAGCCCUUUCACGCCCUCCCCGCCCCCACCCCAGUAUGUGGGAGCUGGCACCGUGCCAGCUUGUGCAAAGCUUGCCACUCAGCCAGUGAAAAUAAUAAUGUUAUUCUGAGAAAGUGGACUUAUCCGAAAUGGAACCAACUGACAUUCUAUCCGUGGUGUACAUAGAAUGAUGAAGGGUUCCACUGUUGUCAUAUGUCUUAAAUUUAUUUAAAACUUUUUUUAAUCCAGAUGUAGACUAUAUUCUAAAAUAAAAAAAGCAGAUGUGUUAACGAAACUUGA